AUGGCUCCAUUACAAAAGUUAUGGGCGUUUCUAAUGCCCAGAAUGCCUCAAGAAAAUCUGGGGGAGAUUUUCUCCAAUUUACCUUCCUCCACGCUUGAAAACAUUGCAGCAUUUCAGCCUCCACCGGGCGUUACUGCCAACUGGGAGAACCCCGAUUCUCACAGAGAGAUAUUGAUAAUUAUUCCUACUAUCAUGAUGUGUUUGAUGAUAAUAUGUAUAAUUGUGAGAGCUUGGGUGGUAUUUUGGAUUAUGCGACCUGUGAAGCUGAGGUGGAGUGAUACCGCCACAGGUAAUGGAACUUUCGGGCUUCAUAAUUGGGAUUUUCCAGUUUCGCAACUAUUAUCCUACCGAAAUUUGAUUACAACUGGUCUAUUACCAUGGCUCACGCCUCUCACUCUGGGCUUAGUGAAGACAACCAUAUUUUUGACCUAUAUGGAAAUAUUCCGUAGCAUGAAGUGGAUGAAGAUGGCGUGUCUAAUCGGGCUUUCAUUCACCGUCGUAUGGUAUUCUGCGAUUACCAUUGCCGGGAUAUGCUUGGCUGUUCCACUGGGCGGCGAAGGAUGGGUGAAGCACCUGUUCACCUCACGUAUGAUUCAACAAAACGCUCUUAGCAUCCCGACGGCUGUAGCGGGCUUAGCCAUUGAUUGUUAUCUAUUUGCUAUUGUAGCAUCAGUAAUGAGCGUUGUGUAUCGUGUUAUUCACGGUAGUGAACACGGGGACAACACUUGGUGGUUGGUACCUAUAAUGUCAGUUACAAUUACCGAAACGUUCAUUGGCUUUAUCAUUGCUUGUGCCUGGCAUUUUUCAAAAUUCCUGCGCACAUAUGAGCAGUCUUUUUUGAGAGCUGGCUUGAUAACCACAAAUUUGUUUUGCUGCAGAUGCAAAGGUUCUCGGGGUGAGAACUCUGUUGACCCCAAAAGCAGUGAAGCAUCCGAUACGGUGGAUGAUUCAAAGGUAUCUCGAGAAAAGGUUAAGCCAGCUCCGAAAAUGUAUCCCGGUCUCGAUCUUACGUCUCGUGGUGAAACCGUAUUGGUGACAGAAUUGGAUAAAAAUGAGAACGUUCCGAAUAGAACAGAAAACCAGAAGGUCGACAGUAGCAUGGAAUAUGCUCAGGCUGAGGAGAGUUCCACGAUAGGCGAAAAUAAGAUAUCACCAACAAGGUGA